AUGGACCUCACCCAACUCCCUCUAACGCAAGCUCCUAACCCAUAUGGACUCGAGACAGAGAUACCAUCUGCAACUUACGAAGGACAGCUUGGGAUACCGCAGAUUCCAUACUUUUUAAACGCGGGGUUUAAUCCACAGUCUUCCAGCUUCAAUCAGUCCUCUCUCCUUGGUCUACCAAGCAAAGAACUGCCAUGGCCACAGCGCGUACUUGAUGAAGUCCGAGACCUGUUGCUUCUUCUUACCACGGAUGGAACAGUUAAUUAUGUCUCUCCAUCAUACAAAGCUAUCACUGGUUUCGAGGCCACACAACUAGAGCAUGGUCGCCUUUCCCGAGUUAUCCACGAUGACGACAAAGCUGUCUUUACACGGGAAUUGCGCGAAUGUAUAGCUACUGGCCGCCUUUUCCGAUGCCAUUUCCGCAUGUGUAAAGCCGAUAAAUCCACUUGCGUGAUGGAAGCACAUGGCCACCCACACUUUUCAACGCUCAACGCAGAUGGCAAUCAGGGCCAAAUUUGCCACGGUGUUUUCCUCGUUUGCCGGCCUUACCAUACAGAAAGCACCCGGCUUCUGGAUUCCUUCAUAGAACACAAGCUUGAAAACAUCCGGUUAAAAGAACGCAUCGCGCAGCUGAAAAAGGAAGAGGACGAUUCCAAUCCCGCACCGCAACAAAAGAACCCAUCGCAAGUCCCUUCCUCUGCCUCGCAUCGACCAAACCCCGUAACCAACAAGGUCUUUCAGAAUCAACCUAGUCAAUCCAACGUUAUUUCUUCUCUCGAAUCAUCCAUGAUUCCCAGCGAAGACAAGGAAUCCUCCGAUACACUUGGUAACAUGGAUGAACUAGAACUAGAACUAGACAUGAACCAAGCUAGAGCUGCCUUAGACGAUGAAGGGCCAUCAUCUCAUCUCGACGAUAUCGAACUCCUUACAGGCCUCUUCCUCACCGAGGGCGAGAGAGCCCAAGGCAUCAGCACUGGUAUCCCAGACGGCCAUCUUUAUCAUUUCACCGGAACAACAAACCCCCCAAAUCCAAUAGAGCAGGAGCAGGAUCAGCAAGCGCCGCCGGAAAACGAACCGAGAAAGAGAUUGAAAGGUGAAUACCAAUGCGCGGACUGUGGGACAUCGGACUCGCCGGAGUGGAGGAAAGGCCCUGGUGGUCCUAAGACUUUAUGUAACGCGUGCGGAUUACGUUGGGCUAAAAGAGAGAAGAAGCGUCAUGACUCCUGA